AUGAGAUGCUUGGGGUCCGGCGCCUGGGCGCGGGUGCUGUGUCUCCUGCUGGCAGCCUUGGCCUCCUAUGCGGUCUUCACCACUUGGACGCGCGAAAAAAAAGAAAAACCGCGCAAGUCCAAGGGCAAGACCACGGGCAGUGUGAGCACCACGACGGCAGGGUCCACCACGACGACCGGUGAGCCUGAAGAGGACGGAUGGGCUUGUGUUGACUGGAUUGAUAGAUGCUACUGCUAUAUCAGAUUGUACCUCAAAGAUCUCAAAGACUUGACGGAGGCAGGGCCAGAAGUGUUGGAAGGGGAGGACUUCGCUGCCAGCGACUUGGACUUCGAGGAGCGGGUCUUGCCGCUUCAGUUCGAUUUCCAGCUCUGCGAUGGACUGGCGGAUCAACGCUUUCAACUCAUCGAUGGCUUGCUCGCAGGUCUGUUUCUGGGAGCCCAAGUGAGCCUGCCCCGAGAGAUCACGUUGAACGGCGCGCACGAUGGCACCUCGCGUCUCCAAGAGGUCUGUUUGCGGUUCAGUGUCCUGAAGGAUCGGCUGCAGAGGGAACUGCAGGAGUUGUACUCCUCGGUCUGGUGUCGUCGGACCGAUCACAGGGCGCAUGAGCUCUGGUGUGGCAACAUGUCCUUCCCGGCCAUCGUCUACAACGACACCGGCUUCCGGUCUGGCGCGGGACGCCGCUCGGACCGGCGCGGGAAAUUCGCGCUGAGCGGGCCGACGCUGCGGACGGUCGACCUGGAAGCCAGGAAUUGGAAGGAUGAGGAGAGGAAGGAGCUGAUGACCGUCGGCGAGCAGAGCUGGAUUCGUAUCGCCAGCAUCGAUGCCCAAUGGCAGAAGGCGCCGGAGCACAUCGUGAGAAUGAAACGACAGAUGAACGUGGUGGAAGGUGGUCCUUUUUGGCCGAUCUACUGGAAGAUCGACGCCGCACUCAGCUUCAGCUGGCAGAUCCUGGACGCGGCCGAUGCGGUGGCGCGACGGAUGAUGCAUGCCUUUGGGCACGUGGCGCAGAAGAGCCGAGACCGCCGUAGAUUGGGGAGGAAAGCUUCUCAAAUGGGACACCCUCUCGAAGAGAGCGGCAAACUCUUGAGCGGCUUCAACAUGGUGCAUUUGCGAGUCGAGAAGGAUUGGCCAGCUUCGUGCGCGCGCUGGAGCCAGCAUUCCUUAAAGAUCGACAACUGUAUGAGCAACACCUUCCAGAUCGGCAAUGUCUUGCUGCUGGAAGGUGUGAAUCCGGCUUUGCCGGUGUAUCUGGUCACGGAGCUCUCAGCAGAAAAGAUGCAAGAGCUGAAGAAGGACCAGAACUUUACGAACUUCUUCCAGGUCUAUACAGUGGUGACCAAGGAUAUGUUUAGCGACUUAGAUGUGGCGUUUGAUGAUUGGCCUGCAAUCGACUACUCGUUGGCGCAGCAGGCCGAUUUGUUCGUGGGGAACUCACUGAGCACCUUUGCAUCGUUGAUGCUUCAGUAUCGGAACUGGCAUGGGCUGCCGGGCUUCCACUACAAUGGAGGCACCUUUCCAUUGGAAGAUCCUUGGACUCUAGAGUCACCACCCAGCAGUCCUGCUCCACAGUUGGCUUUAGUGAAGGUACACUUGGUUCACUUGGCGGUUUUGGCUGUGGCCAUCCAACGGUGUGGCGAUACCGCGGACUUGAGCCUCUUGAAGCCACGCAGCCCGACGGCCACGGGGCCGGUGCGGGCGGCCAUCGUUUGGGUCUUUACGCUGCCGUCCUACGUGAAGCGCUUCGACAUCACCUACAACAUGACCAUGGUGGCCUUAAGGAGUCCUUCCAAAGAAGUGGUGCGGAGAGUCCGCAAAGUGUGCGUGUGUCGGGAUGUCGGGAGUGCCAAAGCGCGAACCUCCUUGAUUCCCGUUUGCAUCACUACCGCGGAGCCUUUCGCGGACAUGGCGGUGCUCCUCGUCUCGAUGGGUGGCUCGGCUUUAGGACUCGCGCACGAUCGCCGUGUGCAGCUGGGAGUGGCUGAUUGGAUUGGUGUCCGUGUGCUGUACCACACCCCGCUGUGGCAAGAGCGCGUUGCCGAGCUGGCCACAGACAGCGGCUUCUACAGCGAGCGGGACCUGGAGAAAGGCAUCGAUGCAGUGGUCUCCAAGCUUCUCGUGGUGGAACCUCGGCUAGGUUUGUCCUUUUGUAAGUUGUUGGAUUGCCACCUCGACAUGCCCACCAUGGGAUUUCGGGAUCAGCUGGUGAUGUACACGGACCUGGAUGUGAUCUUUACUGGUGAGGUGACCUGGGCUGAGCUGUUAGGGCGAAGCUACUCGAGCUUGAUGCGUUCCUUGAAACUUGGAGCAUCGCCCGGCCGGAGACGAAAGAUGCUCUCCCACCACACCUUCCAGAGCUAUGCCACUCGGUUUGUGCCUAUCAAUACCACGGCGCUGAAGGGCCAGACGGGGGUGCCGAUGUUCUUUGGGAUUCCUGGCAAUGUGACCUGGGCAUUAAGCGUCGGUCGAGUUCCCGGUCGAGUUCCUGUGAGGUUUGAGGACUUCUUUGAGAGUAGCGACUUCUUCGGUUCCUUGUCCUCCUCCACGGCGGUGCUGCUGAGCUUCUACCGCGAUGCCCGCGAGCAGCUGGCGGAGCUGCCGGCGGACCUGUGUACGACACAGUUCUACAACCUCUCGUAUCCGGCGAGCAUCACACAUUUUGCGGGCAUCAACUGCGAUGCCGAUAUCUUGCCCUACUUGGACUCUUGGAUGCCAACAGAGGAGUCCGGCCGCGUGGUCUUCGAGCCCUAUCGGAAGCGCUUGAGCAAAUGCGACGACACGGCGGCUCGGACCGUGGUCAUCCGCCUCGCGGUCUUGAUGUACAUCGACACGACCAUCGAGCACGACACCACGCGGCGCUUGAAGAUCGCCAUCGAGUCCUACGCGGAGGACGAGGGGGGCGAAGGGGAGGACCAGUACGACAUCGCGCUGCAGGCACAGCAGAAGGCGGACAUGGACACCUUCCUGCAUGAGGUGCGCAAUGAACAGAUCCGCUUGGACGUCCUGAACAAGCCGGAUGCCGUGAUCAUGUGCACCGAAAUCGAAGGGCAACCAGCACGAGUGAAGUGCGAGCAGUGCAAGGAUUUCUUUUCGCUGGAGGGCUUUGCAGCCACCCACGCCACGGGGAAGCGAAAGAACCACACCACCGUGAAGUGCGAACAGACCACUUGUUCGGCUGGGGAGCCCCGGCUGUUUGUGUCGAAGGAUUUGUUGCUCUUAAAAGGCUUUCUGUCGCCCUAA